CCACAGAGGAUUGGAGCUUCCUUGGACUUUUCUUUCACAAAUCCUAUUCCACCGUCUCUCUCGGAGUCCAUCCAUUAAACCCUUCGCAGUUACGCCUACCGAAGAUCGACGACAUUUCUCAACUCAGGUUCUGAUUUUCAGUAAUUAUCGAACUCAGUCAGAUGGCGGAUGCCGAAAUUCAAUCGCGAUAUGUGAAGUUAAACAAAGAUCAAGCGCCAGUCGAUAUCAAUCCCGGAGAACUCAAUCAGCCAAUUGAAGUUCCUCAGAUGAAUGUUCGCAAAUGCAAUGAAUGUGGGCAGGCUUUACCAGAGAGCUUCGAGCCUCCUGCUGUUGAACCUUGGUCAACUGGGAUAUUUGGUUGUGCUGAAGAUACUGAAAGCUGCUGGACAGGACUUUUUUGCCCAUGUGUUCUGUUUGGACGCAACUAUGAGAAGCUAAGAGAAGACAUGCCUUGGACCACACCAUGUGUUUGUCAUGCAGUUUUCGUUGAGGGUGGCAUGGCACUUGCUGCAGCAACAGCCGCAUUUCAUGGGAUCGAACCCCAAACAUCAGUUCUCAUUUGUGAGGGGUUGCUUUUCACUUGGUGGGUAUGUGGUAUAUACACUGGAAUUGUCAGACAAACAUUACAAAAGAAAUACCAUCUCAAGAACUCACCGUGUGACCCAUGUUUAGUGCACUGUUGCAUGCAUUGGUGUGCGUUAUGUCAAGAACACAGGGAGAUGAAGGGGCGGCUGUCUGAUAAUGCUAUCAUGCCAAUGACCAUUGUGAAUGCACCACCUGUUCAAGUGAUGGACACCGAUGGAGAGAAGAAAGAGUCUGUUAAUGGGCAUGAUCGUCGUGCUCAUUUGGAGAUGCAAGCUUUGUGAUGGAUUUUUGGUAAUUGGGUUGGGUGGAGUAGCAAUGGUUAGGAUGUAGUGAUAAAAUGAUUGUUGAUGGAUCACCUUGAAAAGCUUUGAGUUAAAGUAGUCAUAUAUAUAGUAAUUGAAUCUA